UGGAAGCAAACCAACAUAAAUCGGAAAUUACAACUUCAACCACCGAAGCCCGGUUCUUUUUUCGUCUUCUUCUACUACUCCUGCUUUGUUUCUCAGAGUAAAUCAUCUCCGCAUACAGAGGAUCUUCUUCUAUUGUCUCCUUCAAUUGCUUGUUUCUUCUGGGUCGCAGUAUAAUUAUUAUAUACGAUACGAUUUGUAUAUAUGAUUUGUAUGAAGAAAAUAGGGAGGGAAACAGAUCAAAGUAGUUAAUAUCGUCGUGAAUUGGGUAUGGAGCAGCUUGUCAACUUUAUUAUACGUCCUCCCAGAGCUGAAUAUGACCCAAAACAUGAUUUGUUGGACCAAGAGUUUACACUGAAAGGAAAGUGGUACCAAAGGAAGGAUCUGGAGGUUAAAAACAGCCGUGGAGAUGUUCUUCGUUGUAGCCAUUACGUGCCUAUCAUUAAUCCCGAAGGAAAGGCUCUGCCUUGUGUGAUAUACUGCCAUGGCAACAGUGGUUGCAGGGCUGACGGUAGUGAAGCAGCCAUUAUAUUGCUGCCUUCAAACAUCACGGUUUUUACUCUUGAUUUCUCGGGCUCUGGACUCUCUGGUGGGGAGCAUGUCACGUUAGGAUGGAAUGAAAAAGAUGAUUUGAGGGCUGUGGUUGAUUAUUUGCGGGCAGAUGGCAAUGUCUCUCUUAUUGGUUUAUGGGGUCGCUCAAUGGGCGCUGUCACGAGCUUAAUGUAUGGGGCUGAAGAUCCUUCAAUUGCUGGAAUGGUACUUGAUAGUCCCUUUUCUGAUUUAGUUGACCUAAUGAUGGAACUUGUAGAUACCUACAAAGUGCGAUUGCCCAAGUUUACUGUAAAAUUUGCAAUCCAAUACAUGCGAAAAGCUAUUCAGAAAAAGGCAAAAUUUGACAUAACGGACUUGAAUGCUGUUAAGGUGGCAAAGUCUUGCUUUGUUCCAGUGUUAUUGGGGCAUGCCAUUGAUGAUGAUUUUAUACGCCCUCAUCACUCAGAUCGAGUAUUUGAGGCUUAUAUGGGGGACAAGAAUAUCAUCAAAUUUGAGGGAGAUCAUAACUCCCCACGCCCACAGUUCUACUUUGAUUCCAUAAAUAUUUUUUUCCACAAUAUUCUGCAACCUCCUGAGGAUGAGGUGGGAGGUUCAUUUUUUGAGACGAUGGAUGAUUACUUUGGUAAGGGCAGUUGGAGUACUAUCCGUGAGGUAGGCUUUGAUGCAGGUUCUUCGGCUGCAUUUAGAGCAACACCAACAAGCAGCACAGCAGAUGCCAUUAAACAAGUUCGUUCAAGGAGGCCGAUGAGUCGGAUGGAGGUUCCUGCUGAUAUCCCAUCUAAAGAUGAUCAAUCUGGAGCUGAGGAUGGAGAAACUGAUGAUGAGCAUUGCCCGUCAUCAUCCAAUAUGAUCAGUUUUGAAUUGUCUAAUGGUGAUCCCUUUGGCCCACAUGUUCCUAACACAAUGAAUGAUGAUCAGUAUGUGGAAUAUCAGCUUGAUGACUUGACGGGUUUUCCUUGCAGCGCGGAGGAGGAAGAAAGGAUGUUAAUGGAAGCAGUACUCGAGUCAUUAAAGGACUUGGAUAUGUCACUUCCCGAAGACCAACCAGCUGGUGUUAGCACUGAUUUUCUCAAGUCUUCUCGAAUGGAUAAUUUUGAUACUUCUACUCCAAGAAUUCAUGGUCCCCUAAAGUCAGAUUCCACUUCAACUUCAAUGGACCGUUUUGGUCCUUUGAAUACAGAAACUUCUUCUAGUUCAGCAAUUAAGAGUGGCAAUUUGGCACCCCAGCAACCAUCCCCAGAUACAAGUGUUUCCUCUGCCGUGCCUGUACAUGACACACCACCAUCCACAAUUGUUAGGGAAAGCACCGGGAGCUCUUCUCGUAGUGAUACCUCAGCUAGCAUCCAGAGCUCAUCAGAUGCAGAUGUGUCUGGUGAAACAAAAGCCACGGUGACAGUAGUACGAAGCCCAAACAACCGUAUUAUGGAUGGUUUGAGGCGUCGUUGGGAUUUAAACUUCUUCCGUCGUUGACAUUGAGAAUGCAGUUCUUCCUCUUUCUUUUCCCCCCUGGCCUUUUUACGGUUCCGUGUUGUAUUAUUUUGUAAGUAGGAUAGUUAGGGAUUAUAGCUUUGAGAUUAUUAUUGAUCAGAAAGAAAAAGAAAAGAAGAUUGAAGAGUAGAAAUAGAAGGUUGUCAAUGUGUCUGAAGAUGAUUUUGUUGGUUUUCACUUGACCAGAAAUGCAUUAAAUUUACCACAUGUUUUGGGAGAAAAUGAUGUAAUAUAUCCUUCUUUGGUAUCCUGUUAGAUGAUCGGCGGCCGACGGAGAUGAAUAUGAUUCUUUUUUUCUUUGAAAAUUGACAAUGAGCAAAUUCCAAAUGUAACGUUUUCA